AUGGUUUCUUCUCGAAGAUCUGUAUCACCAUCCUCCUCGUUUUCAAGUUACGACAGCACGUGCAGUCAGGAACAAGCCAACGAAGCUCCAGUUGAUAACUCAAGUAACUUUUUCAACGGUCUUCAGCACGUGAAUGUCGAUCAGGACCGUGAAGUGGCAAGACGAGCUCUUGCAGAUCUAGUAAAACUCUAUUUUGAUGAAGACAGCGAUUACACAAGCGACGAUGAUGAGUGUGGAUCGUGCUCGGAAAUAGAGUCACGAAUGUCGUCGCAAAGCUCUCAAAAUCCUGAAGAGUCUCGAGGAAUGACUCUUGAAGAGCUAUCAGUGGCAGUGAACGCUGCUAUCGAACACCAUCGACCCACGAAACCUGCUGUUGUGCAGGUAGCAUGUAAGACAAAAGGCAAUGAUUCCAAUGACGUCGAUCAAAAGUCAGACAAUUGCUGCUCUCGGCGGUCUUGUCAAUAUCAACAGAAGUCACAUACUGCGUCAUCUUUGGAAAUGUUUCAAGAUAUGCUAGAAAGAAAGAUGCAACAGUUUUACAGUCGCCGAGCGGUCGACAGUGCAGCUAAGGAUAAAUGUAAGAGCAGUCAAGAUACUGUCGUCAAAGCUUUUAAUGGUGCAGCUCAAGAUGAAGGUAGGAAGAGUCGAGAUGCAUCCACCAGUUGUAAUUAUACCGUUGAUCAGCAGCAACAAACUACGAUAUGCGUGAGGGAUCAAGCAACAGAGACUGAAGAGAUGAAUAACCAUUAUCCACUCAGUGAACUGAUCACCCCGAUACAAUCAAUGAAUACUCAACAUAGUGCUGAUCUGUCAACUCAAUCAAUCAUAGAUGGUCCUACUCUUGCGGACCUUCAUUUUCACAAUGGACAAUACCAACGAGAUCGUCUAACCACAAAAGUAUUUGCAUCCAAAUCGUCUUGGGGCUCAUUUUCUUCAUCUGUAGAUGCUGCGUGUUUCUCCUCUUCUGCCAGUGAGCACAGUGUGGCUUGUAGUGUUGGUAGCAAUACCAACAUCAAAAGCAGUAUCACAGGUCGGCGAACUCAUAGCAGAAAAGUAAAAGACAUACCCAGCCGAGCAUUAUUGUCAAGCAGAAGCAGUGAUCAGCAUCAGAGUGAUUUGGCAUCAGUAGAGACAAAGCAACCGAACGACUGGCAGUUUUCACAAGCUCAAAACAAAAGAAUUGAUGAGGUAACUCAGACAUCAGUCGUAGAUCUGUCAGCAGAUACGAUUAAGGUACCAAGUAACCCAGAGAAUGUGAAGUGGGAGCUGGAUCUCUCGAACUUUGCUCUUUGA